CCUGGUUCUUCAUGAACCAGCGAUAGCACAGGUCGUUGAGGUGACUGCAGCCGUCGUGGCUGUAGUAUACGUACAUUCGGGCAUAUGAGACUCGAAGUCGUUCUUGCUCCGCUCCCAGUCCACCAUCAUCUAAUUCUCGCAUCUUAAAUUUGUAUAUUGGCAUUUUACUUUCUCGCUUCUUGGUUAUCUCGUAUAUUUCGUCCCAUUUACCGGUGCAGGCUCCAGGCAUUUGUGUUUCAGGAUAUUUUUAGUAUUUUUUCGUUUGACUGCAUGAAUGUUUGUCAGCUUGUGUGUUUUUCUUUUGUGCAAUUCAUCGUACACGGGUGUUCUUAUGCGUUAUGUGUUUUAUGUGUUUUGUUCAAAUAUCUUGACUUCGUUUUUGGUUAUCUCCUAUCUCAAUCGUGCUGUAGAUCACCCAAUACUAUCAUUCUUCACCGCAAAUGGGACUACAAACCCGAGCUCGUCUCCAUAAAAUAUGCAGAGAAAAAUGAAGCAGACGAGCGCCAUUCCCAUCGUGGAAAGCCAUCAAGAUUUAAAGUGUCCCAAAAAGGGUGUCUGCUCUCCCAGCCCCUGAUCCGCGGUUCCGCCGCUCGACUGAGACGUGCUUCUACAUCAUCCUCGCCCUGCGACAGCUUUUGGAUGCCCGCUUUAUCUCCUCGUUCUAUGUUCAUCUUCUUCGUAAAUAUCUAAGAACGUCUUGCCAUGGGAUAGCAACCGAGUCUGCCUGAACGUUGGUGAUGGUGCAAACGACUACAUCAAUGCCUCUCCCAUAU